AUGGACUUCAACAAGCUCGUCUUGACUCACGUUGGCUUCAACAUUCUCUUGGAUAUUUGGAUGCUGGCCCUGCCACUCACACAGCUUUAUAAACUGAAUCUCGGAUUCAAGAAGAAAUUAGGGGUCAUCUUGAUGUUUUCUGUUGGAUUAUUCUCCAUCCUUAUCAUUCUUUCCAUCUUCAUUCCCAGGAACGAUCCAAACUCAUAUUUGACUCUCUCAGCUGAGGCCUUGUGGGUCUAUGUCUGGUCCCUUGCGGAACUUGAUGUUGGUGUUUUUGUUGCCUGUAUGCCUAGCGCAAGUCAACUCUGGAGAUGCACCUUCUCAAAGAUCAGAACGCUCUCACAUAGAUCUGACGAAAGGUCUGGAUCAACCACUGAAAUGAUUCCGUCGCCAAAGAGGGCCAGUGCACCAAAGGCUCGGCACUUGUCUCUGGAGUCAACGUCGUCGAUAUUGAAUCGGUCCCCGGUCUGA